AUGAUCAAUGCCGACGAACCGUCAUUGAUCGUUAUCCACGACUGCGACCACCACCCUCCGCACACCUUCCCCUUGCCAGCCAGCCUCGAAACACAAAGCAAAGGUAAGAAGCUCGCCCACGUCAACAACGACACGACGAAGGUGCCGCGUGUCCCUCCCCUCAUGACAGGGAUGUGGGCCAGUGCCAAUCCAUCUCACCUCCCUCCCUCGCUCUUGCCCGCGCCCUUCCGUGUAUGCCCACUUGCCCACACCCGCUCGCUGCUGCGUGCCCCUCCCCUCACGAUAGGGAUGUGGGCCGGCACCCAUGCACCCCGCCUACCUCCCUCCUAUCCACGUCAACACUGCAUUCUCCUCCUUAUCUCCCUCUCCCUUCUUGCCCUCUCACACAUGCCCUCGCAAUCCCUCGCCCUCACCCUCGCCCUUGCCAACUCACCCACUCAACCCACACCUGCCGAUGCCCAUCUGCUGCCCCUUUCUGGGAUGAGGGUGAGCAGGCGAAGGCAGAUGUAG